AUGUUGGGACAAAUUGUCAAACUUUCCUCCGUUUUUUGUUUAAUUGUUGCUAGUUUUGAAAGAUAUUUGGUGACUUCUCAUUGGACUUUUGGAGGAUUUGAAGAGAGAACGAGAUGGUUGCUUCUUGUAUUAGUUUUGACUCUUGCGAUUGCUAUUCGUUUCAGCACUUCAGUGGAAGUGGUUGUAUUGAUUGAUGGCCGAAACAUUGAUCCAUUCAAGCGUUAUACUGCUGGACAAGUUUCAAGACGUGAUUGGUUGCCUAAUUUUCUUAGUCUUUUAACUGUUAUAAUUCCUUUUGCUACUCUUGUAUUUUUAAAUGGAGGAAUUGUUUUGAUGUUGAGGCAACAAAAUGUUCAGCAAUUACGUUCAUUAAUUACUGAAUUAACUAUGGGACAUGAUUUUAUGAAAGUUCGGAGAAGAAAUAUUAGAGCAGCUACAAAUACUUUACUUUUUAUUAUUUCUGCCUAUUUGAUCUCAAAUUUGCUCAAUUUAUUUCUUUCAAUUUUGGUCUUUCUACAGCCUGGUCUUCUUCAAAGAACUUAUCCUCAUCAAUAUCGCCUUAUCUCUGACUUUGCCUCAGUUUUGACAGUAAUUGGAAAUGCUUUACGUUUCCCAGCCCAUUUUUUCUCAAAUGGAGAAGUUCGUGAACAAUUACUUUCUAUUUUUUAUACUUCAGAAAAGAUUUCUUCAUCAAAUGCUUCAAUUUUACCAACAAAACAGCCUCUAUCAACAGUUUUACAAUUAAGGCGACAUUCUGAAAGAUUAGAAAAUCCUUGGUUUUCAGCAUUAUUAACAGCUAGACCAUCACAAACUUCACAAGAUAUUUUUAAAAAAUUAUCAUCAAAUUCAAAUUCUUCAACAAAAAGUUCAAGAAAAUCAACACAGCAACAACAUAAAUUAUCAAAUACUUCUUCAAAUUUUAAUUUUAACAGUAAAAAUGGAAAAGGAGCAGCACAAUUACGUUCAUAUAUUCAUGGGGCAUUAGAAGCGUCACAAAAAGUUGAAGGAAUUAAAAGAUUACCAACACCACAAUUUGGUGGAAUUUGUGCAAUUUGUAAUGAAUAUUUUAUUAAUGGUGGAGAUUGUUGUAAUGGAAGUAAUCUUGAAACUGAAAGAGAACCUUUAUUUGAAGAACUUUUUAAUUAUAAACAAAAAAUUAAUGAAACAAGGCCACUUGUGAAAGAAAAAGAUUGGAAAAAGAAGGAAGAGGAGGAAGAAGAAAGUGAAGAAGAAGAGGAAGAAGAUUCAACAAAAUCAACAACACAACCAAGGCCUACACCUGAAGAAGAAGAAGAUGAUGAUGAGGAAGAGGAUGUUGAUUUUUCUAAAUUAAAAUUUGAUCCGGCUGAUUUUGCUAGUCUUGCUAUGGCUAUUUAAAAAUUUGUGUAUUUAUUUUUUAAAGGUUUUCUUUUUUGUUAAAAAUUUUUAUUCAAAAAUUUUUUUUCUCAUCUUAAAUUUAUUUUACAAAAAAAUGAAAUAUUUUUUUUAAAUAUUUUUAAUUUUUAAUAUCAUCAUUUAGAGGAAGAGUUCUAAUUGUGGUGUUCAAAAGAAAGAUAAACAACAAACAAUCAACAACCGACACACAUCAACAUCUUCAAAACAAUUUAUUCCUCCCGGUGAUUGCUCUAUUGAAUACCCUUCUACAUCUACUACAUUUUCUUCAACAUUUUGUUUUGGACAAGUUCUACUUUUUUUUAAUUCAACAAAGCAAGACUGUGUUUGAAUUUCUGUCUAUUCUCCUCAAAACAAUUAUUUUG